UGAUCAUUUGACUCUCGCUGAAUCGGUCGAUCGCGCUCCGGCAGCUUUUGUUGGCUUUUGCUCACAAAUCGGCGGAGCCAUCAACAAAAGUUGGACAGGAAAUGGUCAUUUUUUGUCUUCUGUGGGUGUGAUUUGUAAUAAUUUGAUUGUGUGCCAAAAAGUUAAUGCUGUAGCCACAACUGGCAGCAGAAUGUUUUAUUGAGUCUUUGGGCAGAAAUGGAACCGUAAUGUCUCUAAACUUGAACUUGUACUCGAGUGCAUGUGUCCUCUGUCUUGAUCACAUAUCAUGAUACAAUUCUCAGUGAGUUUAUGAGGAAAUUUUGAAAAGAGAUGCCACAACUGUUUGGUGUAUUCCAAUAUCUAGCUGGGUUUGUGGGAGAGAAACGGAGAGUGAGAAAAUUAGCGUUAUUGGGAAAAAAGACACUCGACAGCAUGUGAUAUAAGAGACACUUUUAUCAGUGCGUUUGUGUUGGCAAAUAUAAUGUGUGUCUUAUUUUGUGUCGCACGGAAAGAGAAUUGACACUGUGGCAUUACAGAGGAAAAAAGUGCUGCAAAUGCACUUUGGGCUCUUUUAGUCCGGCCCAAGAGUUCAGUGUGUGAGGAUUUGGCAAAAUUCUGGCAAUGGGUUGCUUUUCCAGCAAGGAAAAGUCGUCCUCAAGGCGGAACAGUGAUGAUGAUCGAGGAAGAGAGGAGAAUGAUCGUCUCUUGUAUAGUGAGCCCAUGAAAUAUGACCCGAACUUCAAGGGACCUCUGAAGAAUCGCUCAUGUACGGAUGUGAUCUGUCUUUUGCUCUUUGUCUUCUUCCUCGUCGGAUGGGGCGUUGUUGCUUACUAUGCUUACAGAAAUGGUGAUCUGGACCGUCUCCUAGUGCCAACAGACUCGCAAAACAAUCGCUGUGGAGUCGACAGCAAUGUGCUCAACAAGCCCUAUCUCUUCUUCUUCGAUCUCUCGCGAUGUGUGGACAUCACGGUGCCCAUCAACGGCUGUCCCACGCCUCAAGUGUGCGUGGAAAAGUGUCCUGACGAACCGUUCCUCUUUGAUAUGUUGUCACAAGAUGAGAGGAUUGAAAACAUUAGGGAUCGUCUGAUCUGCGAUGUGGAUGUCGAUAAGAAUGACAUCACAUCGCAUGCGAUGGCCAAAGAGUACGUGGAUAAUAAUCGCUGUGCUCGCUGGUAUCUGCAGAGUGUUCCAUUUCUCAAUCGGUGCAUCUCUGAUUUGUUAACAUCGAGUUGCCCCAGAAUUCCCAAAUCUUAUUCGGGUGGCACAAGCAAGAAGACCGACGUGUUCAGAGCGGCUCUCCUCACCACGAACCGGGACCAGUGGCCCGUGGGGCAGCAGAUUGAUGGGCGAUCGGCUCCAGAGAGCGACGAGCCGGCGUUCAGGAAGUGCGAGGAAAAUCGUCGCAUUGGUCGUGAGAUCAUCUAUGACAAAGUGAAGAAGACCAAUACGUAUUUGGCCCGUUUUAUGGGCAACACUCUGGCUCACAUCACAAACAGGACGGAAGCUCAUCAGAUUGGCCAAAUGGUCGUUGAAGAUGUCAUCGAUUCCUGGUGGCAAAUUCUAAUAGCGCUUGGAAUUACCAUGAUUGUUUCGCUGCUGUUUAUUGUGAUCAUGAGAUGGAUAGCAGCACCAGUGAUUUGGUUCUCAAUUCUUGGGGUCAUUGCAGUGCUAGGAUACGUGAUCUACUAUAGCGCCACGACGUACAUUCAAUUGAGGGACAAUCCAGUCUACGAUGCCGCGCCAGGAACGAACAUCAAUGCCAUUAUCAAAUCCUACUUGGACAACAAGAACACGUGGUUGUACAUCAUGAUAGGUGUAUCCAUUCUACUGCUGAUCAUAUUACUUCUAGUGCUGGUUUUGAGAAAGAGGAUUGUGAUCGCUAUCGCAUUAGUCAAGGAGGGAAGCAAGGCUGUGAGCUCAACCACGUCCACUAUAUUCUUUCCAUUGUUUCCCUGGACUCUGUACUUGCUAGUGAUCGCCUUCGCUGUCGCCGUAGGGCUCUACUUAGCCUCUGUGGGCGAUCCUGUGUAUCGAGUAGUGGGACUCAAUAGCACGAACCCCGACGGAUGCGUUUGUACUGGACCGCCAGAGGGAAUCUACAAGAAUGGGGACUUUUGCUAUCCAAGUCUCUUCCACCAGCACUGUCAUGAGCCCAUUCAGGGCGCUUUCUUCAGGCAAGAAAGAGCCCCUUGUCGCACAGCCUCGUGUCACUUCCAGAGAAUAGAGAGUCCGAAGGUUGUGGGAUAUUUUCACGCAGUGAAUGUUGUGGGAUUCUUCUGGCUACUCUUCUUCGUUUCGGCUUUCAAUGAAAUGGUCCUGGCAUCGGCAUUCUCCACAUGGUACUGGACAUUCCACAAGUCAGAUGUGCCCUUCUUCAAUGUCACCAUUUCGAUGGGGCGCACGAUGCGAUAUCACCUCGGAACAUUAGCUUUUGGCUCACUAAUCAUAACAAUAUGUCGGAUCAUUCGCUGCAUUCUGGAGUACAUUGACCAUAAGCUCAAGAAAUUCGACAAUGAAGUCACUAGGGGUAUCCUUUGCUGCUGCAAAUGCUUCUUCUGGUGCCUGGAGAAGUUCCUCAAGUUCCUAAACAGGAAUGCGUACAUCAUGUGUGCUAUACAUGGGAAGAACUUCUGUGCCAGCGCCCGAGACGCCUUCAAUUUGCUCAUGAGAAACUUCCUGCGUGUGAUUGCGCUGGAUAAAGUCACAGAUUUCCUCUUCUUCAUGGCCAAGGUGUUGAUUUCGGCGGGAAUGGGAGUGGCCACGCACUUCUUCAUCAAGAGCCCACACAGCAAUCUUAAUCUCAACUACACCUUCGUGCCCGUGAUAAUUGUGGCGAUCGGAAGUUACCUCAUAGCGUCUGUCUUCUUCUCCGUGUACUCAAUGGCCGUGGACACACUCUUCCUCUGCUUCCUGGAGGACACUGAGCGCAAUGACGGCUCUCCGGAGAAGCCCUACUUCAUGUCCAAGCAACUCAUGAGGAUCCUCGGAAAGAAGAACGAAGUUCCCCGCCACAGGUAUCGAUAGGCAGUCAGAGGAUGGUAGACGGAAGUAUUCGAGAGGGAGUUUAUAUCCCUGUGAUCUUUGGCAGGAGUCAGGAAGGUCGUUUUCAAGCGAGUUCCUUUUUGUACCAAUUCUUUAGGUAGUUCAUUUUUCUAAGCAGAUUAUUUAUACAAAUUUACUGUGUGUUGGGGAGGUGAGUAUGCAAAGUAGAGCUCAAAGGAUUAUAUCAGACGAAGACUGGAAGUCUUUAGUGAUUAGCUGUGAAAUUAUUUUUCUCAACAAGAAAAAGAGUUUGUAAAAAUUUUCGUGAGUGUUCUUAAAUUUCCUCAUUUUUUUCUCAUUACUAAGCAGUAUAAUAACAAACUGAUGGGACGAAUUGUAGCUUUAAGAGCAACUGAUCAAGGCGUAUUAAUAAAUAUUCUAGUUGGACUGCAGUCCAGAGAAACCCAGGAAAA